AUGGACGCCCUCCAGCAAAAGGUCGAUUCCAUCAGCGGCGAGGUGAGCCAGAUCAGCGAUGCCCUGAGAGGGUAUCUUGAUCACGGCAUUACGUCGGGUCGCAAGGUGCAGCCGCCAAAAACGAAGGCAGGACGGGACCUGUUGCAACAUUUCCUAGGUCGCCUCCACCAGGUGAACGCCGGCUUGGAUGAUGUACGAAAGUUAGCCGUACCUCACGUCUCAUCCUCCCCGUCGGCGGUUCACGGACUCGACACACCUCCAUCAUCAUCCAGUACUCUUCCAGCCUCACAACAUAUUCUUUCGCCCUCAAACCAACGGCCCGUUGGUCAACAACCUUCUGAUCAACAAAAGGUUGGUCAACAAGCCGCCGACCAACAACCCGAUAACGAACAACCCGCUGGCCAACAACCUGAGUGUCAAACGUCGCAGGCCGACCAAAACCACAACACUAACGAUCGCUCGGCCAUCGAUCGCUCCUCGGUUCCAGUUCCAAAAGCGGAGCCCGAAUUGGCUCUCUCACCACCCAUCCCAGCGGCUCCUUCCGCCACAAGCCAGGGUUGCCCCCUCCCGCGCUCCCCCCCAUGUGGGAUCACAUUGAGUGAUGGCUCUGUUUAUAAAAGCCCAUUGCCGUCUGGCCAUGCGUCACCCCUCUUUGACUGCACUUACCAAGACAUCCAUAUCUUGAACGAGGAGCUCCUGGAGAUGUACUCGAGCCACCCUACCGUCCGAGAUGUGGGAUAUUUCAAGCUCCAAGUCCGGGGCCUCCCACCACUCGACGUGCAAAAAGUGGCUCGUCCCAGCAAAGACCAUGCGACUUCAUUCAGUUACAAGUCCGACCGACUCGGCCUCGUAAAGGUCGAUACCGGAAAGAGGUUUAAGUUCACUUCACCACAUCUCCCUUUGCCCAUGAGCGCUAAGAUGGAUUGGUCCCUGGCAGAGCAAAAGGAACUCUGGAAUUCCUCCGCCGCGGAACCGCCCAAGGGGAACCGGCCGUAUAUCAUCGGCAACCCGCUGUUUCAGGACGUCGAGCUUUCUCCUGGCGAGAAGCUACGGCGCAGAGGGCGCACCGUACUCGAGGGCAUCAACACGCAAUAUGUCUACUUCAACCUCACGGGCAAGACCAUCACAACGAUGCACAGGGAGGACGCGCAUGUGCGGUCCGAGAACCUCCUCCGCUCUGGGCAGCACAAGUUUUGGUGCUUCAUCAAACCUGCCUUCGCCAAGAAACUGGAAGAGAGGAUGGCCAUCGAGUAUCCUGAAAUGCGCCGAUGCUCACAGGCUGUGAGGCACCUCAGCCGCCACAUCCCACCGGCCAAGCUCGACGAAUGGGGCGUCGAAUACACGCUCGAUUACUGUGUACCGGGGCAAGCCGUCGUGACGGAACCGGGGACGUAUCACCAGGUUUUGAACCUUGGGCCCAACUACGCCAUCGCCAUCAACCUGGAGUACAACUCGUCCCCGGACAUGCCCCCGGAUUACAAGUUUUGCGAUCGGCUCUGCCCUGAUAAGUUCGCCAUGUCUGCGGACGACUUUCGAAUCUAUGACGAGCAGCCGUCGGUCCCUGCUGAACAGCAACUACCUCGCACCCCGGAUACCACGGGAUCGCAGGACGGGCGCCCAUCCCAAGCCAUUGACCAUGUUGCUAACUUGCGAGCUGAGGCGGCCUUACGGCCUAUACAAUCAGCCACCCCUCCUCCGGAAAGCAAUGCACCGGCCAAGCAGGAAUUGGCGAAACAGUUGCCAUCGCAACCAAUUCCUGAAACACACAAAGGACCUCAAUCGGCGAAUACCCCAAGUAACAGUGAUGAGGAGCUGCCUCCAUCGAAGUCCCAGAGCAAUGUUGUACAAGAAUCCCAGCCGCCGGACUCGCAAUUCACCUCACUCUCAAGCAUUUCUUCGGAACAAAGCAUGCCAGCUAGUCCCAGAGCUCCUGAGCAACUCAAUAUGGCAUCACAAGAGGGUAAUAGGGGAGGGAUUCUCUCUCCACCAGAGACAAAACGCCCCAUUCCGGAUGCUGUCACGAAAUCCGCCCAAAUCAUCCCGCAAGUCCCUCCCCUCAGACUGCAGAGUCCGAGCUAUCGUGGAGACGUUAGAACUGGGACGGAAGCGUUGACGCCUUUACGGAAAACGGCAAGGAUGAUAAAUCGCGAUAGAGAGGAUGACGGGCUUGUUUCGCGGCCUCUAAAGAAGCAAAGACUGGAAUCCCCAGUAACACCGGGAACCCAAGACCGGUCCGUCACCGCUGCCUUUGAACACCUCUCGACGAUGUUGAAAGACCGCGAAUCUGGCCGGGCUGGGAGAUUAGCUGCCGAGAAACUCUGCGGUAAAGCAGCAUUCGAUCGUCUUGCGCAACUGGUCCGAGAAUGGAGACGAUACUCCAAGCUGGCACCCGUGGUCCUGGGUAGGUUCGGGCUCGCUAGAUCAGUUGAGGACACGGCCCAUGGCUAUCCAGAACUGCACCUCUUCCUUGCGCGUUUCUUCAAGAUGAAGGUGGCAAUGUGUGUCGAACACGCCAUGGCGCAACCUGGGGAGCUCUCGCCCCAUAACUUCAUGAACGGGAUGCUGCAGACGCUGGGAUGGGACGAAUCGAGGCGCCCGCAACUACACGACUACUUGCGAGAAGGCAAAUGCUGGGCUACGGUUUGCGGGGACUAUGACGGCCUUCUCUGCCUCAUGGGUGCCGACUGGGAUUGUAUGGAGCUCGCGUUGUUCAAGGAUGAAAUCGCUCGGUUCCAUGCCGAGCUCGACAUCGACUUUGUGCGAAAACUGUGCGGCGCGGGCGCCGUCCUACAAAAGUCCAUCUGGGAAUGCUUAGAGCUCCCGGAGUUUAUCUGGGAGAGCACCACCACCACCUGGCUUCCUGUUGAUCAGAUCUCGCCCCUUUUGGUGUCGUUCCGCCUCCUCAAGGCAAACCAUUACGACGGACACAAGAGGUCCCAUUGGCCUCGGCCGGCGAGAUGGCACUGGUUCUGGCCGACCGACCCCAGCGUUGUUAUGCCUGGCGACGCCUUCUGCGGUCUUUGCCCACAAAACUACUGCCGCUGCGCCGAGAUCAACGUGCCGCAGGUUCCCCGCAUUCUAGACGACGGUUCUAAGGGACCCGGCGUCCGUUCCGUGGGGCACCACAAAGCGCACGUUAUCCUGGGCGAGUUGGUCGGCGAGCUGUUGCCGCUGGGCACCAGCGCCCCUGGCUGGUCCAUGGUGCUCUGCCGCCCAGACCUGGAGGACGAAGCAGUGGCCGAGAUUUACCCUGCCCGGAUGGGCAACUGGGUGCGGAAGGUCAACCACAGCACGAACCCAUCGGCCGCGUUUAAGACCAUGAAGAUCACCGGACGGUGGAGGGUGAUGCUUAUUGCCCUGAGGGAUAUCAAUGACGGCGAGGAGAUCACGGCCAAGUACGGAAACGGGUAUAUGAAGAACCAACCCUAUUCGCUUGUGGAAGGGCUGCAUUAG